AUGCGUUCCUUCGCCGUCCUGUCGCUCUUCACCCUGGCCUCGGCCGCUCCGCUCCUCAAGGCCCGCAGCGGAACUCCCAUCCCGGGUGCCUACAUCGUCGUCCUCAAGAAUGAGUCGGCCGACGAGUUCCGCAUCCAGAGCGCCAUCAUGUCGACCGUCGAGAAGACCGCCGAGUGGAAGCAGGAGGAGUUCAACGGUUUCGCCGCCAAGCUGAGCAGCGAGGAGCUCCAGGCUCUGCAAGACGCCCCUGAGGUCGAGUUCAUCGAGGAGGACGCCGAGGUCUCCAUCAACGCCAUCGUCACGCAGACGGGCGCUCCCUGGGGUCUUGCCCGCAUCUCAUCCACCGCCAGGGGUGGAACCACCUACCGCUACGACGACAGCGCCGGUGUUGGUACCUGCUCGUACAUUAUCGACACUGGCCUGUACGCUGCCCACAGUGACUUUGGCGGCCGCGCCUCCCAGGUGGCCAACUUUGUCGACAGCUCCAACACGGACGGCAACGGCCACGGCACGCACGUCGCCGGCACCAUCGGCGGCACCAAGUACGGCGUGGCCAAGCGCACGACGCUCCUGGGCGUCAAGGUGCUCAACGCCUCGGGCUCGGGCACCAACUCUGGCGUCAUCAGCGGCAUGAACUUUGUCGUGACCGACGCCCGCACCCGCUCGUGCCCCAACGGCGUCGUCGUCAACAUGUCGCUCGGCGGCAGCACCAGCACCGCCGUCAACAACGCCGCCCGCGCCAUCACCUCGGCCGGCCACUUCCUGGCCGUCGCCGCCGGCAACUCCAACGCCAACGCCGCCAGCUUCUCGCCCGCCAGCGAGCCCUCCGCCUGCACCGUCGGCGCCACCACCAGCACCGACGCCAAGGCCUCCUACUCCAACUACGGCGCCCUCGUCGACGUCUUUGCCCCCGGCUCCGGUAUCCUGUCUGCCUGGAUUGGCGGCACCACUGCCUCGCGCACCAUCGACGGUACCUCCAUGGCCAGCCCCCACAUUGCCGGUCUCGGCGCCUACCUCUUGGCCCUCCGUGGACCCCAGACCCCCGCCGCUCUCUGCUCCUACAUCGCCACCAACGCCAACCGCGGUGUCAUCACCGGCCUGCCCAGCGGCACCGUCAACGCCCUUGCCUACAACGGCGCUUAA